AUGACAGUUGCAGAGAAAGUAUCAGAGUCUUUAGGGAUCGACUGGACCAAACAGAAUGACCUAGAGGAAGUAUUGUUGAAAUAUCGGCACGUGUUUGAGGAAAGUAAACAGGCGGCCAGUCCUCUCCCCAUCGGUGGCAACACACAGGUUGUGGGUCUCCCUGCCGACGGCUACGACCCACCAGGCGGCCUCGCAGUCACCAUCACCGGCUGGGGUCUCACAGCCACCACGAACCAGUCGCCACCGUUCAUGCUGAUGAAGGUGGACAUCACCGUCAUUGACCGCGCCAGCUGCGUGGCCAGGUUUGGCGCCACAGACCGCAUGAUCUGCGCCGGGGAGGCUGGCAGGAGCACCUGCUACGGCGACUCUGGUGGUCCGCUCGUCAGUGGUGGCACUCAGGUCGGCAUUGUCUCAUUGGGCAGGGAGUACUGUGAUACCGAUGGCGGCGUCUAUACUACCGUCGGCAACCUCCGUUCCUGGAUCACGGCUGCCGCUGGCGUCUGA